AUGCCACCACGAACCCGUCCGAUCGAGAAAUUCGCCGAAGCUACAGCAAAGUGCACACCCGAAGGCAUCGUCUAUGGCAAAUGCGUGGGGAGCAAUUUCCAAAACGUCAAGAAAGACAUGUGUGCGAAGGAAUUUCUCGCUUUGAAGGACUGCUACCUGAAGGCGGCAGGACGCAAGUCAUAG